UUAUAUUCUACGUCUGGUAGUGGGAUUGGCAAUGGCGUGAUUAGUAAGCGGCUUAACCUACAAUAUUUAAAUAUUGUUAUCAAAAUAAUAACAAAAAAAAAUAAACAAAUAAUUAUCGGGUUUCGAUAAGAGUAUUAAGUUUUUAAAUAUUCUGUGAAUUUAACGUAGCGGUAAAGUAAUAAAAACUCAAAGAUGGAUAACUUUAAACCUGUAAAACGCCCUAAACCUGGAGAUGGUGAAGAAGAACUAUUUCGAAUGCAAGAAGAAUUUAUGAAAUCACGUCAAGAACCUUCUGCAAAAGUCAUUAAUUUACGAGCUCAAUGCAAGCAAGCAGCUACUGAGCCAAAAACAGAAGAAGAUAAACAAUCGAAUCAAAAGUUUCGAUCAAAAUUCGCUGAACGCAAAGCAAUGAAAACGACUGAUAAAUUAUCUAAACCACAAUCUGAUGAAAAUGUUGUCAGUGAACAGCCAUCUUCAAGUGAUGCUCAAAGUGUAUCUACGUCUAAUUUACUUGAUCCAGUAAGACAUGUCCCUUUAGAUGCAUAUAAACCUUUACUAGGAAACAUAGUCGAAAAGAAACAUAAUCCUAGUGAUAAAAAAUUAUUUAAAAACAUAAAUAGUAUUUCAAAUGACACUGGUUUUCCAUCAGUUUUUGUUGUUGAUCGUAAAUCACCUGCCAGUACUUCAAGCAGUUUAUUUUAUCAAACUACUUUGGCCAGUAAUGAAUCAGUACAAUCAGUAACACAUGAAACGGACAAUAAACUUAUUGAUACUGAUACUAAUGCUAAUCAGAGUAAUUUAAUCCAGGAUUCGCUGGUUUCAGAAAUUCAUAAAAGUAAUAUAGAAAAGUUAAAUAAUAUGACAAAAGAAGAAAUUUUAAAAGAAAAAUCACGAUUAGAAAAUACUCUUGAUCCUAAACUAUUAGAAUUUCUUCGUGCUAAGAAAAAAUCAACAGUAUCUGAACCAAAAAUAAAAGUUGAAAAAUCUAAACCAGUAUUAAUUGAUAGUAAAGAAGAAACAAAAAUGGAAUGCGAGACAUUGCCACAAGAACCACCAGCUCCUGUAUCAGAGAUCGUUGAACAAGCAUCAGAUAAAGGUUGGGUUCAUAUGGACAAAGUGGAACCAGAAAAACUUGAAUGGAUGAAAGAAAUUGAACCCAGUAAAAAUGAUGGAUCCAUACCAGACGAACCUUACAAUGCACGUUUUGACUUUGAUGGUUUACUUUUACCUUUCAAAGAUGAUGAUUUAUUAAACAAAGGUUUGCAUAAUCAUGGCGAAGAGCCUGAUCGUCCAGGUUACACUCUUCAAGAAUUAUUACAGCUCAGUCGAUCUUCAGCUCAACAACAACGUUGUACAGCACUUACCACUUUAGGUAAUAUUAUGGAAAAAAGUCGCAAAGGUUGGUAUGAUAAUGCACUAAAUCCUGCACCUCUCGCUGCAUUAAAUGAAAGAAAUAUUAUUUUAUUAUUGAGAUUUUCAAUGGAUGAUAAAUCUGUUGCGGUUAUUACUGCAACUCUGCAAGCACUUAGAUCAUUUUUAUCCAGCGAAGCUGACGAAAUCUGUAUGGAUAGACUCUACGGAUGGGAAUAUCCUGAUGGAAUUUGUCAAGUUCCUGAAUUAUCAGCACCUAAACAUGAUGUUGAAGAUAUAAGUACUUUGAAAGAUCAUCAAUUAGCACAAUUAGACAGUAUUGCAGCUACUAUGAGAUCAGAUAUUGUUUUACGUAUCAGAUAUAUAUUAAGUGAAAUAAAACCACCUCCCAUAGGAGUUACAUCAGCUUUAGAAAUAUUAAUUCGUCUCGCGCGUCAUUCACAUAUAAUUGCUUUAAAUAUUGCAACAACUCCUCAACUAUUGGAUACCAUUGUUAAAAAUUUUAUUCCAUUAACAACUCAGCGGCUUGUAACUCUUGAUACUGAAAAUGCUUAUGGGGUUCCUAAUGUCACUGCCAUUCGGUUAUGCAGAAUACUAUUGGAGUACGCUGGAAGACCUGUCGCAGAUCGUCUUAAUAAUUUAAAAAUAAUUCACUCUUUUCUUUCGUACAGUAACAGCGAUGCCGGAGAAGCUGGACUUCGACUGGCUAUUGAAGCUCUACGUCUAUGGAGACUAAUCUAUAAACAUGGAGUCGCUACAGACAGCAUAAAUGGAGCAAGAUCAAUAUUAAAUUCACAAUUACGUUUUUUACUUAGCAAUCAUGAUCUGACAAGUGCUUCUGAAUUAUCUUGUGAAUAUGCUGCAGCACUUGUUGCUCUUUCUUCACGUGAAUACAGUUUAAGACCAAUUAUAUCAACAUUAUUAACCAAGUGGAGUACACAAUUAGCUCAAGUUUCUUCAGCGACAUGGAGCAAUACUAAAUUAAUUGCUGUGACAUUAAAUUCACUUGAUGACAUUUCAUCAUUAAAAACUGAAUGGAUAUCUAAUAAUAAAAUAUUUGUAAAUAUUUGUUCUUCUUCAAAUUUGUUAAGUAAUUGUAUACCAGCAACUGAAAGAGAUCCAUCAGCACUUCCAAGCUUAGGAGUACUCACUAAAAAUGGUGAAAUUCAGCCAGCUGUCUCAUUAAAUUGUUGCUUACCAUUUUUAGCAACAGUAACAGAUGCGAUGAUAAAAACGUCAAUGUUUCAUGAAUUUGAAAUGAUUAUUCAGAAUCCAGAUGUCAUUAAAUAUUUUCGACAGUUAGUUAAUCACGAGUGGUCAUUAGAAAAUAGUUGGUAUACACGAGCUGAGUUAUUUUUUAUUACAACUAUUGUUAGAGCUUGUGCUAAAUUUCCUACAAGUGAUCUAAUUAAUGAAAUUAUUUGGAAAAUUGCUGUUAAAUUAAUAUCAACAUUACCAGCAGACGCUUCUCGUGCUGUAAAUCAAGUUCUUGAUAUUGUUCUUUCUAAUGAAAGAUUAGCAGUUGAUCGACUUACUGAAGAUUUAAAUAUUAUGAAAUUAAAUUGUGGUGAUGAAAAAAUAACACUUGAAUUACCAAAUAAUAUUUCAAAUAUAUAUAAACAGUAUGUUGCAACAGAAAAACGUUGGGAUGAAGCAGCAAUGCCGAAAGAUUGGCCAUACUUACCAUUAGUUGAUGCUUAUUCAAAUCUUAAAAAUAAAGUUGGUUGGAAUGAUAACGAUACAAUGAAAAUAAAUAUUGUAUUAAGUUUAGAAUUAGCUAUGCGUGAAAUUUUUUAUAGUUUAACUCCAACAAUUAGAUUUUCACGAUUGGUACUCGUGUAUCUUUGUGAUACAGUAUAUUUAAAUAAUAAUGUAUCAAUUUUACUUAAACGAGCUGUAUCCAAAUUAGUGAGCAAAUAUUACAAACGAUUGGAUUUUUCAAAUGAUCUACCAGGAGUUAGUUCAUUUAAUGAUAUCUUCACAUCAAUAUGCGAGUGUUUUGUUGCUAAUUCUUAUGGUGAUGAAGGAUUUGCAAUGUGUUUAUUAGUACCAAUUGCUCAAAGGCAUGAUGUACAUUAUAGAAAAUUAUUGUGGUCUGAACAUGCUGGUGCUUUAAGAUAUUUAAAAUUGUCGCCGGAAAAAUUAUUUGUUCCAAUUGAUGAGUAUUUAAGUCCACUUGAGCAAGAUGUUACGUUGAUAGAAAGCUAUUUGACAGCUUUAGUAAGGAAAACAAUAAGAAAAGAAUGGUGCCCUUUGAUGUAUAUGAUUGCAAUCCAUCAUUCAGCUAUGUUUAUACGUGGUACAUCUAAGUUGGCAACUAAAAUGCGUGCCAAAAUAAAAACAAUACAAGAUAUUUCUUUAGCAGAAAGUUUAUUAAAUUACGUACCACCUACUUACUAAUAUUUCUAUCUCACAUUACUUUAAUUUGAAUUACUUUUUCACAUCUAUAGGGUGCAAUACCAUCACGCUAAAAACAUUUCUCAACAAGUACCAGAUACAUCAUGCUAAAAAUUGAAUCGAGUACUUGUUCUCAAUGAUGGAGAAUCCAGAAAGUUUACUUAAAUAAUGUGACUACCAAAAUAAACAACAUUCAAAAAACUCGCAUCAAUAAUUCUAAAUGUACCGAAAUAUCCAUUGGUGAUUGAGGCAAAAUAACACAGUACCGAAUAGCCAACUAACCGAUUCAACAAGGUCUCAUUUUUAAUUUUACUCCGAAACUGAUAUAUUUUUUCAGAGUAAAAUUUCAAAUGAGACUUUGUUGAAUCGGAAUAUUUCUGUGAUACUUCUAUUCAAACCAUUUCAUAGUUUUGCCGCGGUUCAUUUCAGUACAUUUGGAAUUAUUUACACGAGCAAUAUUCUUUUGAAUAUUGUUUGUAUCAGUAGUCACAUUUUUUAAGUACUUUCUAAAUCCUGCGUCAUUUAGAUCAAGUAUUUUAUUAAAUUUGUAGUAUGAUAUAUUUAGUACUUGUCAAAAAAUGUUUUUAGGAUAAUAGUAUGGCACCUCAUCUAUACACAUCGUGUGUAUAAUAAUUAAAAAUAGAUAUAAAUAUAUAAAUAUUGUAAAUAGAAUUAUGAUAUUGAAAAUUUUUUUUACUUAUUUACUUAAUAAUUAUUAUUACAAUAACUGAUUUAGUAUAAAAUAGUAAUCGGA